AUGGCGGACGGAGAGAGGGAAUCAACUGCAGACACAACACACAAGAAAAAGAAGAAAAAAACGACCAAAAAGAAGCCUGUUACAUUCACAAAACCCUCCAUAAGGAAAGAUGAAAAGCUUAUUAACAAAUAUCACGCUCUAAAGAAAUUACAAGAAGCCGUUAAGAAAGACAGUCAACUUCAAAGUGAAAAGAAAGCUGUAAAACUGAACGAGUUGAAUACAAAGUUGGAGAAACUUGGAGGAAUCGAUGCUUAUCAAGAGGCUUCGCGACUUGGAGAAAAACGAUAUGGAGGCUUUAAUAGUGCUAAAUGGGUGUUGAAACAGCUGAAAGAGAAUGGUAUACAUCCAGACAAAGAUCACAAGUUUCGAUUACUGGAUGUUGGAGCCUUGUCUUGCAACUACACUAAGCAAAAAUCGUGGAUAGAUUGUACAUCAAUAGAUCUUAAUCCUCAAAACCAUAUGAUUAUGGAGGCAGAUUUCCUACAGAUUGAUUGUAAAGCAUCACAGUAUGACAUUGUAGUGUUGAGCCUUGUAAUCAACUUUGAAGGUGAUCCAGUCAAAAGAGGUGAAAUGCUAAAACAGUGUACAAAAAUCAUAGCAAAAGAUGGCUAUCUCUUUGUGGUACUUCCUUUGCCUUGUUUGAUGAAUUCUAGAUUCUCCUCGAAGGAGUUGUUUUUGAGUAUGACACAAAGUCUUGGUUUUAAAAGGAUAGCACAGCACAGCUCUCGACGACUGUAUUUUGUUAUGUUCAAGAACACUGGUAAUGUCAAUUUCAAAUCAUUUCCACGAAAAAUCACAAGAAAAGGUGAUGGACAUAAUAACUUUGUAAUUGUCCUAUAAGAUUUGAUGAAUGAUUUUGUUAUCUUUCAAGAUCAUGGAGGGAAAUUAUUUUAGGUGUAUAGUGGACACACCCACUUUCACACACCAAUGAACAUUGCACAGGCAUUUUGCUCCCCUUUGCCUCCAUCAUUUCAUUGCCCGGGGGGUACUCCCCUAUAUUUGCUAUACAGGUUUGUGCUGCCCUAUAGGGUAUGGUUUUUUGGCUUUGGGUCUGGGGUAGGGUAUCCUUUUUUGACAUUUUGUCUGGGAUAGGGUAUCAUUUUAGUCUGGGAUAGGGUUAACGAUUUGAUCGUUUUUGUCUGGGGAAUAGGCUACACUUUCUGCUGGCACAAAAACAAUAAAAACGUUAGUAAAUAUU